UAUCGAGCAUGCCGUAAAGUGUUUAUUUUGUCACGUGUGAUGGCUUGUUUUAGACAGUGGAAGGAUCUUGUAGCUGUUGUUACUGGAGGAGCUUCGGGUUUAGGACAGGCUACUGUAAAAAAUUUAAUAAGUAAAGGAGCUAAAGUAAUCAUCUGUGAUUUACCAACAUCAAAUGGAGAAAGCAUUGCAAAAGAUUUGGGUAACAACUGUGUAUUCUCUUCUACUGAUAUAACUUCAGAGGAUGAAGUUCAAAACAUGUUUCAAAUGAUUAAAGACAAAUUUAAAAGAUUAGAUCUUACUGUUAAUUGUGCUGCAAUAGCUCGAGCUUAUCAAGUAUAUAAUUUCAAUACCAAUGUUUCACAUAAAUUGGAAGAUUUUCAUGACACACUAAAUGUUAAUGUUAUUGGUACAUUUAAUAUAUUACGCUUAGCAGCUGGAAUGAUGGGAAAAAACACACCAGAUACAAAUGGGCAGAGAGGAUUGAUCAUUAAUACAUCAUCAAUUUGUGCAUUUGAUGGAGAGAUUGGGCAGUCAGCAUAUUCAGCAAGUAGUGGUGUUAAUGUUAUUGGUACAUUUAAUAUAUUACGCUUAGCAGCUGGAAUGAUGGGAAAAAACACACCAGAUACAAAUGGGCAGAGAGGAUUGAUCAUUAAUACAUCAUCAAUUUGUGCAUUUGAUGGAGAGAUUGGGCAGUCAGCAUAUUCAGCAAGUAGUGGUGCAAUUAAUGCAAUGACUUUACCAAUAGCUCGUGAUCUUUCUACUCAAGGUAUUCGCUGCUGUACAGUAGCUCCAGGUUUAUUUAGAACACCACUUUUGAAUGUACCUGAGAAAAUUAUAUCAUUUUUAUCAGAAACUAUAUGUUUUCCAAAUCGGCCUGGGUUACCUGAAGAAUUUGCUCAUUUAGUACAGUAUAUUGUUGAAAAUCCAAUGAUUAAUGGAGAAGUGAUUCGACUAGAUGGUGGCUUACGACUAAUAUCAUAGUACAUCAUCAAUUUUUGUUGUUUAAAAUUUAAAUUAUAUAUUUACAUCUAAAA